CCUGAAUAUGGGUCUCGGGCGGCGCCAGUUGACCGCUGUAUCUCAAAGCUGAGUGUUGCUCAUUAUUGCCAAGCUUAAGGCGGAGAAGUGAAACUUUGUGCACAAUGAGAGUUUCAGCACUCUGGACAGCGCUGGUCUUGCUUCUGAUACAAGGCACCGCGCGAGCCUGCACAGGUAAAUAAUUCCAGAUAGCCUAUAGAAUAUAGCAAACGCCACAGCCUAACGCUAGAUUUAAAAAUGAUAAUUUUAUAACCCUCAAGAUGUUGCAUUUUAGUGGAUAGCAUUAUGUUGAAUCAGUAUGUUGUAACAAUGUGUUUGACCUGUUUUAGUCAAAAAACUGAGCAAUAAUACCGGACGCUUUGCCAAUGCCACCUUGGUACGUCUCUCCGAGUACUUGAGUGCUGGGUACAAGAAGGGUGUGCGACCCGUGCGCAACUGGCGAAAUUGCACAAUGGUGGCCAUCGACCUUAUGGUGUACUCUAUCCUCAGUGUGGUAUGUAGUAGAAAUCACAUAGUAGAAGAGUUUAGUAUACUGAGAUAAUAGUGUGUAGCAUAUGUUGAUCUUCACUAUUUCCUCUGUAUGCUGUGUGUUACAACAGGAUGAGAAGAACCAGGUUCUGACAACAUAUGUAUGGUACAGGCAGGUAAGACAUAACUAUUUGUACUAGUAAAAUAACUAUUUAAACAACUAAUUGAUUUUGUUGAAAAAAAGUUUCCAAGCAUUUAAAACAUUCAUAAAACUUGGAAAAACUACAGUAGAACAUUGUAUAUCCCUCCCCUUUGGACAUUUAUCAAACAUCAUAUCAGAGGAACUAGUUAUACGCCUUUAUACAAUACCUAUUAUUAAUUGAAUAAUUCAUUAUUAAUGCUAGACCAUGCUUAUUGCGCUUAUGCUAUAACUCUGUAUCAGGAACUUAUGCUAUAUGUCUGUAUCAGGAAUGGACAGAUGAAUUCUUGGUAUGGAACCCAGAGGACUUUGAUGAUGUGAAUCAAAUGUCCAUACCGACUGCGAAUGUGUGGGUGCCUGACAUACUAAUUAACGAGUUGUAAGUAGCCUACAGUGUUUCGUUGUUGUGGGGGUAGGCCAAUGCAUUUGAGGCCAUACAGAUAACCUCAUUUUAGUCAAAUAAAAUUAUUCAUAAAAUAGUAUAAUUUAUCUGCAAAUGUAAACUGACAAAAUUGGAUACUUUGAUAAAGCAUUACUAAAGUCAAGUGUAAAGGCAAGUGUAAAGUUAGCGUUAGCCUACGCUAAAAUAUUAGUUGUCCGAAUCAGCUACAAACAUAUUUAUCGCAUAUCUUUGCUUUGAGUUGUUGUGUUUCGUAAUCUCUCAGUGUGGAUGUCGGGAAGUCUCCUGACAUUCCCUAUGUGUACGUGACCCAUUAUGGACUGGUGCGCAACUACAAGCCUAUCCAGGUGGUGACUGCCUGCACUCUCAACAUCUACAACUUCCCCUUCGACGUCCAGAACUGCAGCCUGACCUUUCAGAGCUGGCUCCAUACCCGUAAGACAUGUCUUAUUUAGUUGUAUAGUCAUUUGCAUGUGGGGUAAGGCUUUUCAACUGCAAAUAUAGCAGUGGUGGAAAAAGUACCCAAUUGUCAUACUUGAGUAAAAGUAAAGAUAUCUUAAUAGAAAAUGACUCAAGUAAAAGUGAAUGUCACCCAGUAAAAUACUACUUGAUUAAAAUACAAAGUAUUUGGUUUUAAAUAUACUUAAGUAUCAAAAGUAAAAGUAUAUAUCAUUUCAAAUUCCUUAUAUUAAGCAAACCAGACAGCACAAUGUUCUUGUUUUUUAAAUGUACAUAUAGCAAGGGGCACACUCCAACACUUUUGGGUGUCAGGGAAAUGUAUGGAGUAAAAAGUACAUUAUUUUCUUUAGGAAUGUAGUGAAGUAAAAGUAAAAGUCAAAAAUGCAAAUAGUAAAGUACAGAUACCCCAAAAACUACUUAAGUAGUACUUUAACAUAUUUUUACUUAAGCACUGUACACCACUGCACAUAAGUACCGGGUAAGAAUGCCCUUUCAUGCCCUCACUCAGUCUUAGUCCUCUAUUGUUUUGUUACUUCCGUCUUGAUAGUUUCUGGAAUUAGAAAAUGCAGAUGUAAUUUGUGUUCUACUUUUGUUUCAAAAUAACCUCAAUACAAAUGUAUUCUAUGCCAUCAGUGCCAGAUGCUACACACCAUUUUCACCCCGCUAAAAAACAAAUAAAUUAUCUGUGGCAGAGUACAGUUGAUAAUGGUCAUUUACAUAAUUUACAUUGAUCUGAACCCACUGAUCUCUGUUUCCUCCGUGUCUGUAGUUAAUGACAUCGAUCUCAAGCUGAUGAGGAGCGCAGAGGAACUCAAAGUGGAUAAGAGUGUCUUCAUGAACCAGGGGGAGUGGGAGCUGCUACACGUCCUGUCCAAAUAUAAACGCUUCAGUCUGGACAACAUUGACUCCUAUGCAGAGAUGAAGUUCAAUGUGAGUAUGCAUAACAUAAUCAUUAAUUACUUUUUAUUUAUGUAUUCAGGACAGGUUAUGGAAAGAUAUCAUUUGGCAAUGACUGACCUAGUCAAGUAGAAGAAUGGUUAGGUUUUCAAAAUUCUGGUUGCAAAAAAUGUUCCCAAAAUUCCCAGGUUUUCCAGAAAUCCUGUUUUUUGUGCUUAUUCCCUCCUGAUUCCAGGAAUCUUCCAAUCAGGAUUUCUGGGAAUUUGGGGAAAGUUAACGGAAUUUUGCAACCCUAUGCAUGAUGAUUAAGUAAAUGGCAAUAGUUAAAAGAGCACAAUAAUGGGUUGGCGAAGAUCACCACAUCAAUUUACAUCUACACCUGUUAAAAUGAUAUGCAGUAUGGUAGACUUUUCAAUUACUGUAUACAAUCAUGUCCAAUUCAAUCAUUGAAAACCCCCUCAACACCUCUGUGCAUGUACACAAUACCUUAGCUUAAUUCAUUUAUUCAAAGCCAACUGAACCUGACAGAAAGGCAAGACCUUCAGUAAGAAGAUAUACUAGUGGUCCUCUGUAGCUCAAUUGGUAGAGCAUGGCGCUUGUAACGCCAGGGUAGUGGGUUCGAUCCCCGGGACCACCUAUACGUAAAAAUGUAUGCACACAUGACUGUAAGUCGCUUUGGAUAAAAGCGUCUGCUAAAUGGCAUAUUAUUAUUAUAAUAUAUCAAAUAUAGAAAUAUAUGAAGAUAUAAGAUCUUUACUUUGACCUGCACUGCAAGGCUUUAUUAGAACCCAUUACGUCUUGAGCUACAUUAAAUAUGUAUUGAGAAUGGCUGUUUUUCUUAUGCGUCACACAAAUAAAAAAAAUCUGAAAAUUAACAAACGUAUAUGAGUGAGGAUCUAUAGGUCAAAGUGUGAUAGAGAGUGCACUCCCACCUCACUUUCAGGGUCAUUGCUAGAAUCUGUGGGUAUAUUGUUGUCUACCAUCAAAACCUUGUUCUGCCAGAUAUCUGUAACUACUAUAGAUGUGGAAGUGCGUACCUACCUAUUCAUGACUAAUUGCUGUUAAUUACUGCUCUAUUCAUGAUGAUCUUCAUGAUGAACGUCAUCAGGUGGUGAUCCGACGCAGACCUCUGUUCUACACUGUGAACCUGCUGCUGCCAAGCAUCUUCCUGAUGGUGAUGGACCUGGUGGGCUUCUACCUCCCUCCAGAUAGUGGAGAGAGGGUGUCCUUCAAGAUCACCCUGCUUCUGGGCUACUCCGUCUUCCUCAUCAUCGUCUCUGACACACUGCCCGCCACCGCCAUCGGCACGCCGCUCAUAGGUCAGAUAGAGAAAUGCACAGUGGUGGACAAAGGACCCAAUUGUCAUACUUGAGUAAAAGCAAAGAUGUCUUAAAGGCCCAGUGCAGUCAAAAACAUGAUUUUCUUGUGUUUUAUAUAUAUUUCCACACUAUGUGGUUGGAAUAAAACUGUGCAAUUGUGAAAAUUAUGAUAAUGUCCUUUUAGUGUAAGAGCUGUUUGAAAAGCCUGAAAUGUCAGCCUGUUUUGGUGGGAGGACAUUUUGGCCUUCCAUGGUGAUAUCACCAUGCGGUGAAUUAGUUAAUCGACCAAUAAGAGAGAGUUCCAAACCUCUCUGCCAAUAACAGCUAAUUUUCUGUUUUCCCCUCCCCACUCAAACCACUCCCAGACAGUCCUAGCAAAAUUCUCGCUUGAAAAAUUGCUCUUAGCUAAGAAGCUAUUUUUGUUUCUUUUUGACCAUUUUAAUUGAAAACAAUCACAGUAGCUAGGUUUCCAUCCAAUUGGCGACCGACUUUCAUGCAAAUAUUUAAAAAUCCACAUAAAGAAAAUAUGCAAAUUUUCCCGCCAGUGGUGUUUCCGCCAAACCAACUUGUUGUGGAUGAAAAUCAGCGCGUGAUGAUGUAGAGCACACAAAAUGUACUUUUUCGUUUUCUUGUACCGAAUAAAAAUCGAAAGUUCAAUGUGUUUCCAUCGCCUUUUCAACUCAACUGAUAGUUUUGUCACAAAAAACGGUUGCGUUAAAUAGCAAAUGUGCCGACUUUGGUCUUACGUGCGCUCUAGCCAACAUUUCACAGAUACAAUGCGGUUAGGCUGUGCGGGUAGGCUAGUCUACAUGAUGAGAUUAUUAUGGAUUAUAGUGAGAAUAUUUGUAUUUGUCAAAUGGCAGUCAAGCAUCAAUCAUCAUGUCACCAGAAUAAGACCCUUGAUAUUUAUUGGAAAUGAGCAUCAAGCUCAUCACCGUGUACUUUCACCACCCCUGUGAAGUUCAUCACUUAUUUAAUCUGUAGACUAAUAAACUGCAUGGUUUCCCGAGUCGUAGUUGGAGGACCACACACCAUAUCAUCGCGUGACUCCUAAUUUACUUCGAUGUGAUGGUUAUUAUAUCAAUAUUUGCGCAUAAAGGUGUUUCCACCGCCAUUUCUCGCAUUAUUAAUUUGACCAACAACAAGAUCCCACCAUGUCGAACAAACUAAUGAUCUGUCUGCAUUUAUACAAUGGUACAGAAACUUCCGGUUUCCAUCACAGCUGUCCUGAUUUUUUUUUUACGGUAUGACUUUACUCGCAUAAAAACUGCAGAUGGAAACGUGGUUAGUAAGGUACUUAAUUGUGAACCAGAAAUUAUUUGAUGUUGAGAUAAAAACAGCUGCAUUGGAACUUUAAUAGAAAAUGACUCAAGUGAAAGUGACAAUACAAAUACAACUUGAGUAAAAGUCAAAAAGUAUUUGGUUUUAAAUAUACUUAAGUAUCAAAAGUAAAUGCUAUAAAUCCUUUCAAAUUCCUUAUAUUAAGCAAUCCAGGUGGCAUGAUUUUCUUGUUUUUGUUUGUUUACGGAUAGCCAGGGGCACACUUAAAUGAAGCAUUUGUGUUUAGUGAGUCCGUCAGAUCAGAGGCAGUAGGGAUGACCACAUGUUCUCUUGAUAAGUGCAUGAAUUGGAUAACUUCCUGUCCCGCUAAGCAUUUGAAAUGAAAAUAGUACUUUUGGGUAUCAGGCAAAAUGUAUGGGAGUAAAAAGUUCAUCUUCCUUUAGACAUGUAGUGGAGUAAAAGUAAAAGCUGUCAAAAAUAGAAAUAGUAAAGUACAGAUACCUCCCCCAAAAUACUUGAGUAGUACUUCAAAGUAUUUUUACUUAGUUACUUUACUCCACUGGAAAUGCAGCUGGUGAAUUAGUGGCUCAGAUUUGUCAGAUGUGUCAUUAAGGUUGGUAUUGCAAGCUUGAGGAAGUGGUGAAGGACUAUUGUUUGUUGGGGCCCUGGUCAAAAGGCCCUGAUCAAAAGUAGUGCACUACAUAGGGAGCCAUUUGGGAUGCAACCGUUGGCUUUUUUUUUUUUUUUGUGUUGCAGAGGUAAUAUCGAUCUUUCCUUCUCUCUCUAGGUGUCUACUUUGUAGUGUGCAUGGCCCUGUUGGUGAUCAGCCUGACAGAGACAGUGUUGAUAGUGCGUCUGGUGCAUAAGCAGGAUCUGCAACCCCACGUGCCCCAGUGGCUCAAACACUUGGUGCUGGAGCGGGCCACAGUCCUCCUCUGCAUCCGCAACAAGCACAGCUUGUGCUCAAUGCUGUCCAGGGACUCCGACCACCUGGGCCACUACAAAGAGAACAACAUCAGCCCAGGUAAUGCAUCUACAGGAGGGUUGGGUAGGAAGAAGGGUAUGAAAGAAGGGUCAGGAAGGAAGGCGGGAAGGAGAAAGGAGGGGAGGGAGAGGGAAAAGGUGAGCUUUAAGGGAAAAGAAAGACAUGGGCAGUAGUUCACGGUGAGCUGAAGGAUCUGAGACACUAUAGAAUGUUCUCUCUCAGCAGUAUUCAUAAAUGUAAAAGAAAUAGAGCAGCAUUACGACAUCAAAUCAAAUCAAAUCGUAUUUGUCACAUACACGUGUUUAGCAGAUAUAAUUGCGGGUGUAGUGAAAUGCUUGUGCUUCUAGCUCCGACAGUGCAGUAAUAUCUAACAAGUAAUAUCUAACAAUUUCACAACAUAUACCCAAUACACACAAAUCUAGUAAGGAAUGGAAUUUAAGAAUAUAUACAAAUAUGGACAAGCAAUGACAGAGCGGCAUGGACUAAGAUACAGUAGAAUAUUAUAGAAUAGAAUACAGUAUAUACAUAUGAGAUGAGUAGUGCAAGAUAUGUAAACAUUAUUAAAGUGACUGGUGUUCCAUUUCUUAAAGUGGCCAGUGAUUUCAAUAGGCAGCAGCAGCCUCUAAUGUGCUAGUGAUGGCUAUUUAACAGUCUGAUGGCCUUGAGAUAGAAGCUGUUUUUCAUUCUCUCGGUCCCAGCUUUGAUGCACCUGUACUGACCUCGCCUUCUGGAUGAUAGCGGGGUGAACAGGCAGUGGCUCAGGUGGUUGAUGUCCUUGAUGAUCUUUUUGGCCUUCCUGUGACAUCGGGUGCUGUAGGUGUCUUGGAGGGUGGGUAGUUUGCCCCCGGUAAUGCGUUCGGCAGACCGCACCACCCUCUGUAGAGCCCUGCGGUUGCGGGCGGUGCAGUUGCCGUACCAGGUGGUGAUACAGCCCGACAGUGCAUUUGUAAAAGUUUGUGAGGGUUUUAGGUGCCAAGCCAAAUUUCUUCAGCCUCCUGAGGUUGAAGAGGCUCUGUUGCGCCUUCUUCACCACACUGUCUGCGUGGGUGGACCAUUUCAGUUUGUCAGUGAUGUGUACGCCAAGGAACUUGAAGCUUUCCGCCUUCUCCACUGCGGUCCUGUCAAUGUGGAUAGGGGAUGCACCCUCUGCUGUUUCCUGAAGUCCACGAUCAUCUCCUUUGUUUUGUUGAUGUUGAGUGAGAGGUUAUUUUCCUGGCACCACACUCCCAGAGCCCUCACCUCCUCCCUGUAGGCGGUCUCGUCAUUGUUGGUAAUCAAGCCUACUACUGUUGUGUCGUCUGCAAACUUGAUGAUUGAGUUGGAGGCGUGCUUGGCCACUCAGUCAUGGGUGAACAGGGAGUGCAGGAGGGGGCUGAGCACACACCCUUGUGGGGCCCCAGUGUAGAGGAUCAGCGAAGUGGAGAUGUUGUUUCCUACCUUCAUCACCUGGGGGCGGCCUGUCAGGAAGUCCAGGACCCAGUUGCACAGGGCGGGGUUCAGACCCAGGGCCUCGAGCUUAAUGAUGAGCUUGGAGGGUACUAUGGUGUUGAAUGCUGAGCUAUAGUCAAUGAACAGCAUUCUUACAUAGGUAUUCCUCUUGUCCAGAUGGGAUAGGGCAGUGUGCAGUGUGAUGGCAAUUGCAUCGUCUGUGGAUCUAUUGGGGUGGUAAGCAAAUUGAAGUGGGUCUAGGGUGACAGGUAAGGUAGAGGUGAUAUGAUCCUUGACUAGUCUCUCAAAGCACUUCAUGAUGACAGAGGUGAGUGCUACGGGGCGAUAGUCAUUUAGUUCAGUUACCUUUGCUUUCUUGGGUACAGGAACAAUGGUGGCCAUCUUGAAGCAUGUGGGAACAGCAGACUGGGAAAGGGGAAGAUUGAAUAUGUCCGUAAAUACACCAGCCAGCUGGUCUGCGCAUGCUCUGAGGACGCGGCUAGGGAUGCCGUCUGUGCCGGCAGCCUUGCGGGGGUUAACAUGCUUAAAUGUCUUACUCACGUCGGCCACGGAGAAGGCCACAGUCCUUGGUAGUGGGCCUCGUCGGUGGCACUGUGUUAUCCUCAAAGCGGGCAAAGAAGGUGUAUAGCUUGUCUGGAAGCGAGACAUCGGUGUCGGCGACAGGCUGGUUUUCCUUUUGUAGUCUGUGAUUGUCUGUAGACCCUGCCACAUACGUCUCAUGUCUGAGCCGUUGAAUUGCGACUCCACUUUGUCUCUAUACUGAUGUUUUGCCAGUUUAAUUGCGUUGCGGAGUGAGUAGCUACACUGUUUGUAUUCUUCCAUAUUCCCAGUCACCUUGCCAUGGUUAAAUGCAGUGGUUCGCGCUUUCAAUUUUGGAAACGUGGUUAGUAAGGUAUCCACGGUUUCUGGUUAGGGUAGGUUUUAAUAGUCACAGUGGGCACAACAUCUCCUACACACUUCCUGAUAAACUCAGUCACCGUUUCAAUGUAUUAGUCUAAAUUAUUUUCGCAAGCUAUCAUAUCCCAGUCCGCGUGAUCAAAACAGUCUUAAAGUGUGGAUUCCGAUUGGUCAGACCAGCGUUGAAUAGUCCUUAGCACGGGUACUUCUUGUUUGAGUUUCUGCCUAUAGGAAGGGAGGAGCAAAAUGGAGUCAUGGUCAGAUUUGCCGAAAGGAGGGCGGGGGAGGGCCUUAUAACCAUCCCGGAAGUUCGAAUAGCAAUGGUCGAGGAUUUUAGCAGCGCGAGUACAACAGUCGAUAUGUUGAUAGAAGUUCGGCAGCCUAGUCCUCAAAUUUGCUUUGUUAAAAUCCCCGGCUACAAUAAAUGCAGCCUCAGGUAUCUAUCAUAGAGUGAGAGAGAGAGAAAAGGAUAAAAAGUUACAUUUACAGGUUUGUUUUCCCACUUUGGAAAUAAUCAAUAUACGUUACAAUGUCUGUCUGUCUUUUUGGGCAAAUAAAUACACUUAGCUUCUACAAGCUCAACACAACAUUGGAUACUCAAAAUAGAAAUAAAUCAUGUUAUAUGACCCCACUCCCCCAACUCUCAUGUUAUGUGACCCCUUGCAGCUCGAUGCAGCCACCACCACCACCUUCACCACACCGGGGACAGCAUGGAGCGGGGUCUGGGUGGCCUGUCUGUGGUGCGUGACAACACGCCGCCCGUCAUGGACAACAUCUUGCAUGAGAUCUCGUCUAUCCGCGGCUUCCUGGAGAAGAGGGACGAGUCCCGGGACAUCGCCAAGGAGUGGCUGCAGGUGGGCUACGUGCUGGAUGUGCUGCUCUUCAGGGUCUACCUGGUGGCCAUGCUGGCCUACAGCAUCACCCUGGGGACCCUCUGGUCCGUGUGGCAGUAUGCCUGAGGGCCUCAC